AAUUGGACAGGGGCUGCCGUCAUUCACAAAAAGCCUGCCUUCCGGUGCUUUACAAACAAAGCGCAGGUGGAUCAUGGGACGUGUAGUCCAAAACAAACCCUAGCUCACGUUUCUCCUGUGGUGUUAAACACCAACAAGGAGGAUUACUCGACGGAAAGGCGAUUUGGAUGAAGAAUAGGUGACUUUGGUUCUAUAGUUUUGAGUUAUUGCGUCGGCUGUGUGGAAGAAUCAAGCACGUCGCGAGCUGACUCGAGACCCGAGCGUGACAGCCUACAAAUCCCACCGUCGAUGGCAGCGCGUGAUUGGCCACUCUCCGCUGUCAAUCACCGCACACCCCGCCCCAUCACCGCUCCUACAGUAAAUAUUUGUGUUUGCCCAACCGGCUGUAAUGGUGGACGAGUGAGGCAGGAAGACGGAAUACAACUCGAGUGAAAAGGAAGCCAGAAGGUCCAGCGUGUGCCCCUGAGUCAGCCGGCGAGACUAGGACACGGGUUUCGUGGAAAAUGGAUGAACUCAAACACCAAGUCAUGAUUAACCAGUUCGUCCUGACGGCGGGUUGUGCGGCAGACCAAGCGAAGCAGCUCCUGCAGGCGGCACAUUGGCAGUUCGAGACUGCGCUCAGUGCCUUUUUUCAAGAAACAAAUAUUCCAUAUGGCCAUCAUCAUCAAAUGAUGUGCACCCCAGCCAACACACCAGCGACGCCCCCAAACUUCCCGGACGCUCUGACCAUGUUCUCGCGGUUGAAGGCGUCCGAAAGCUUUAACAGCGGCAGCCCCAUGGCGGCGCCCAUGGCCACCUCACCGCCGCCGCCUCAGGUGGGCGGCUGGGGGAUCUCACCAAACAUGCCUAACGUGCCGCAGCCUCCACAAGGACUCUGGACUCAGGGGCAGCCCCCCACGCAGCCUUGCUCCGCCUGGCCCACGGGCGUCAACCCUCACACGGGCACGGAGCAGAAAGCUAGUGUAGCAAUGGAGGCGGAAAGAUGAAGAGCCACGCGGGACUGAUACGCCUCCAUCCACCCACGGAAGAGAGAGAGAGCCGGAGCGCGAGGUGGGAGAGGUGGGGGUGAGCCAUUCUAGAAAGAGACUUCGGCCUUUUUCCCAAAAGUGGCGAGACGGGGGAGAGAUGGAAUUCAAGCAAACCAAGAAAAACUAAACAGACAAUUGAAGAAGAGGAGUGAGCCAAUGCAACAUCCACAGAAAUUCUAACACCAGAGAGCAAUUGAAUAGUUUUCCUGAGUCAAUAGAGAAGAGGAUAUAUUGAGCUAAAAAAUGUCGCGCCCAAGGAUUCUAUACCAUGUUCAAAGACAUUCAAGGCAGCAAAACUCAUCUCCUGCUUUUGUUUUCGGUCCAUUUCGUCUUUCUGCCGCUGGUUCUGUUCCCGCAGGUGUCUGAGGGGAACUGUGUUUUUAGAUUGACUGAAGAAAAAAAUCUCACACGUUUGGUGUGUGUAUGCAUGAACGUGGCCGCUCAGUUUGUUAUCAAAAUGUACACACGCACACACACACAGUAACGUUUAGAGGAAAACGCCUCCAUUUUGUCGCUCCCAUUUCCAACAAUGGGACUCUUCUUACCUCACCUUGUGGUCACCUGACUCCUCUCAGCCAAUCAGGGAUUCUUCUUAAACCAACCUUUCCGCUGGCGAUGCAGGACAUGUUUUUAGGAGCCUCAUUUCUUAAAGGCCACACACGGACACGCACUCACGCGUCUGUCCGUCAAAAGUUUCACGCUGACGGCCGUCGUACACUUGUUCCGGAAAGAGAAAUUGUUCAUGAAUUAUGAUAUUGUUUAUAAUAUUGAUCGUUGUGUUUUACUGAAAGGCUAACGGGAGGUGGUUUUUUUUUAAGUGGGCGGGACUUCAGGUUUUUUUUUUAAGUGUGAGUCAAAGCAGCUAAAAUGGUGAGGAAGAAAAAAAGCUCUGUAUUUGACUGUAAACAGAAUCAACACUUAGCAUGAUGUGUUCAUAACUUGUUACAUCUUUUGUAGCACUCAAGUUCCAGACCUGUCGAUGGGAGGGGGUCGGGGGGGGGGGGGGAGGCAGCGGUCUGCUCCCACGCCAGUGUUUUCAUGUCUUCAACAGCUAUGCUGAUCGCUGUACAUCCGCUGUCAUCUGAAAAAUAGAGUCCAACCACCCAACUGUCCCCAAGUUCAACUUCCUGUUGACACUGCCCUCUUUUUAAAUCACAUAUUCUCAUCGAAAUGUCUCUGGAAGAUGAGUUGCUCUCCACAAAUGUGCAGAUCCUGGUCUUGGUUGCUGUUUGGGAAUGAAAACGCUGUCGUGUGGAGGCGGCCUCCAUCACAGGGGAGGGAGGGGCAGGACAUUUUAUCCGGGGACACAAACUUUCUGAGGGGUUCUGGUCCUCGGUCCACUGCAGUCGAGGGUCGACCCUGAUCACGGCAAUACACUUCACACAGGGUCGCCCUCGUUUUUAAUGCGUUUUCUAUUUUCAUUCGAUGAGAUAUUUUGAAUAGACAGGGGUGGGAGGGAGGGAGGGGCCUUGGUGGGUUAGUGUUUUUUUUUUUCUUUAAUAAUCUCAAUCGACAUACUAAUGAAAAAAAGUCCAACUCCUUAUUUAAAGUAACGUUUCUGUUCAUCCUCUGUCACGCUUCACACUUUAUUUGGUCGAGAUCUCAGCGCUUCUGGAUUGUUCCUCGAUGGUUUCUCAUGUAUGUUGCUCCCUCCACCCUGUAUGACUGUAUGAGACCAUUCCCACAAUAUUUGUGGACUACCUGAUAAUUAACUUAUCAUUUUUGUGAACCUAAAUAAAUAUUGUAUGUCAACCUA